AUGCGAGAUACGAAGCUUAAGGAUGCAGGCAGGAAGUUCACAAAAAGGCGACGAGAAGACGGAGGAGAGAGGCAUAAGCUGAAGAACAAAAGGCAGAUCAGACAAGAGUCAAUGGCCUGGACGGAGUUAAAACUUCCAGAACUUAACACAACUAUGGAGAAGGUAUGGGAGGAGGUGAUAUUAACCGAGGAGAUACCGGCACCACCAAAUAUGGGGAGAGAACCAGUCCCGGGAAGCAAGAGUCAUGAAUUUUUCAGGUAUCAUGGUUUUCACGGGAACCAUACCAACAGCUGUAGAAGUGUUAGGAAGACCAUACACCGGCUUAUCGGACAAGGGAAACUUGCGCACUACAUUGACCAAAAGGAGGCACCGAUGAUUACUUGUCACAACAAGCAGGCAAAAGUAAACCGAGAAAGUAAAAGAUUAAGUUGUAAUUUCAUAGAACAUUCCAAGGGAAGUUUCCAAGAUUUUGAAGAUAAUGUACUCUCAAGAGUGUACAAGGUGGAUUGCGAAGGUACUGAGAUAAUUAAUUCCCCGAAGGAAGAACCAUUAGAAGUCUGGCAAAGGAGAGAAAUAUCCUUUUCGGUGAAGGACGUGCCAGAAGGAGAAAUUCAGCAUAUGAAUUCACUAGUCAUUAGCCUAGCUAUGGCCAAGAUUGCAUCCCAGGAAGGGGGCCAGCAAAAUAAGGUGAUGACUUGGGCGGUGGACAAAGUCUUGAUAGACAUGAGUAGCUCAGUAGACGUCCUAUUCUACCAUACCUUUAGAGCUCUGGGGUACGAGGAUUCUGACUUGUUACCUUCUACGUAUACGUUGUAUGGAUUCAACAGAGUGGCGACAAGUCCAAAAGGCGAGAUAUGCUUGAAAAUAUCUGCAGGAGAGUUGAAAACAAAGGUUACUCUAUGUGUGGUAGAUGUGGAGUCGCCAUAUAACGCUCUUAUAGGUAGACCAUGGGUUCAUGGAGUAAAAGGAGUUGCGUCCACUUAUCACCAAAUGAUACGGUUCCCUAUGCCAAGUGGAAUCGGAGAAAUACGAGGAAGCGGAGAAUAA